GGAGAGAAACCUUAUAGCUGUGAUCAAUGUGGGAGGAGAUUUGCUACAUCUGGCAACCUGACUCAACACCAGAGAACACACACAGGAGAGAAAUCUUAUAGCUGUGGUCAAUGUUGGAGGAGUUUUACAACAUUAAUCUCUCUGAAAGUACACCAGAGAACACACACAAGAAAGAAAAAGAAACCUUAUAGCUGUGAUCAAUGUGGGAAGAGAUUUGCUACAUCUGGCAACCUGUUUAAACACCAGAGAAAACACACAGGAGAGAAACCUUAUAGCUGUGAUCAAUGUGGGAGGAGAUUUGCUACAUCUGGCAACCUGACUAAACACCAGAGAACACACACAGGAGAGAAACCUUAUAGCUGUGGCCAAUGUGGGAGGAGAUUUAGUCGAUCUGGAGAUCUGACAGUGCACAAGAGAACACACACAGGAGAGAAACCUUAUAGCUGUGGUCAAUGUGGGAAGAGAUUUGCUUCAUCUGGCUCUCUGACUCUACACCAGAGAACACACACAGGAGAGAAACCUUAUAGCUGUGGUCAAUGUGGGAGGAGUUUUAGUCGAUCUGGAGAUCUGACAGUGCACAAGAGAACACACAGGAUUGAAAUCUCAUAGCUGUGACGAGAGAAUCUGA